AUGAUUUUAAAACGUUUAUGGAUAUUAAAUUUUAUAUUUAUUCCAACCGUUUUGGUAGUUUGGAGAAAAAUAAGCGAUACCAACUCAAGACCUGUAAUUCUCACUAAGAAUGGAUUGGUAAGGGGUCUUAAAUCUCCAAACGGUGAUUAUGAUAUGUUUCUUGGUAUUCCUUAUGGAAAAGUAAGGCAAGAAAACCCUUUUGGGAUUGCAGACCCCUAUCCAAAAUAUGAAGGAAUUUUCGAUGCUGUUGAUGACAACAACCCAUGUCCGCAGUAUGACGAAGGAUUUAAUUUUUUUGCUGGAACAUUAGACUGUCUUCGAUUACACAUAUAUACGCCUAAAAAGUCAGAAAAGUUGGCAGUCAUGGUUUACAUUCAUGGCGGAGCAUUUCGUUAUGGACAUUCCGGAUCUUGUAAUGGUGAAAAAGAUUAUGACCCAGUGUAUUUAAUUCGCCACAAUAUCAUUUUUGUUAGUUUAACUUACCGACUGGGUGUAUACGGCUACAUGUGUUUAGGGACAAAAGAGAUUCCAGGAAACACCGCUAUGAAGGAUCAAUUAUUGGCAUUAAGAUGGAUUAAGUCUAACAUAGAGGCCUUCGGUGGUGAUCCGGAUAGAAUAACGAUUUUUGGGCAUAGUAGUGGUUCUAUUUCAGUAGAUUUUCAAGUGCAUUAUCAACAUGAUAAUUUGUUCCAACAAGCUAUUUUACAGAGUGGAACAAUAACAAAUAUGCAUAGUUUUGGUGAAGCUAAUACAUCGCUGCCUUUUAUAAUGGCAGAAAACCUUGGAUUUAAAACAAGAGAUCUUGAUGCUGCUAUAAGGUUUCUCUCGAAACAAGACCCGUUGAAUGUUAUUAAAGCUAUAACUCAACCAGCUCUACCCAUAUUGAUUUUUCAACCGUGCAUUGAAAAAAUAUUCUAUGGAGUUGAACAUUUCAUUACAAAAAAGCCGUCUGAAUUAGUUCCUAAAGUGAAGAAUAGAAAAUUUCUAAUUGGAAAUACAAAUGAUGAAUACAGUAUUGUUAUUGGUAAUAACCCUGAUGAAUAUUUUGACGACGAUCAUACAAUAAGAAAAUAUUUGAAUUAUUCGUUUAAUUUUAAUGAAGAAGAAUUAAAAGGUGCUGUACAUAAAUUAAAACAAUUUUAUAUAGGCAAUGGUGAAUUUAGCAGAAAAUACAGAAGACAAAUGACUGAUUUAUUUUCGGACAUGGUUCAUAUUUAUCCCACGUAUAAACAACUUAAUAUUUAUCAUAAAAACGAAGCGACUAAGGUCUACUAUUAUCUGUUCACUUAUUCUGGAGGCCGCAAUAUGUACCGUCAACGUAAUAAUUUAACCCUAGAUACCGCUAUUCAUGCAGAUGAGUUGGGCUACCUGUUUCAAGACCUCCACGUCAAGUCUUCCAGCCUAGAAGAUCAGCUUAUGAUUGAUAGAAUGACAACGUUGUGGACAAAUUUUGCAAAAUAUGGAGAUCCGGUACCAUCGACAUCGGAAAUACUACCAACACAAUGGGUACCUAUUUCUGACGAUAGUAAAGCUUACUUUCGUAUAGAUAAAACAACUAAGAUGGACACGGAGUUCUUAGCAAAGAAUGAGUUUUGGGAAGAAUUCUAUAGACAAUAUUCAAAGAAUUUUAAAUAUUAA